AUUAGAAAGUAGUAGUUUCCAAGAUGUUUUGAAUCAGAAGAGAGGUAACAAAUAUUUUAUAAAAAAAAGAAAGAAAGAAAUUGUGCAGCUGGUUCAAGAAGAGAUAGGUUUAAUUAGAAAUAUAUUGAGUGAGCUCUUAAGCCAAGAAGAAAGAGCAGAAUAGUUUAGAGAGACCUAAGAGAAUGGGAGACACGGAAACAGCGCCCACGUUCCCCUCAUUUCUUAACUUUGUUUCUUUAUACCCUUUCUGAUUCUCUCUUUCUCUGUCUUUUUCAUCCCUCUUAUAUCAUCCCCUAUAAUAUGUACAAAAUCUUUUUUUAUUUCUUUUUCUUAUAUAUAUAUACUCCUCUUGCCAAACCUCCAUAAGUACCUCUUCUGUUACCUACUAUACCUUCAUUAAUUAUUACAUUCAUUUACCUCAACACAAUUAUUCAAAGCUACUCUCUCUUCUCUUGCAAAUUUUUCAUGAUCAUGGGAUACCAAAAGCCUGCAUGGUUGGAAGCUCUUUACACAGAAAAGUUCUUUGUUGGUUGUUCUUAUCAUGAGAAUGCAAAAAAGAAUGAGAAGAAUGUUUGUUGCUUAGAUUGUUGCACAAGUAUUUGUCCUCAUUGCUUGCCAUCUCAUCGAUUCCAUCGACUUCUUCAAGUUCGCCGUUAUGUUUAUCAUGAUGUUGUUAGAUUGGAAGAUCUUCAGAAACUAAUAGAUUGCUCUAACGUUCAGGCCUAUACUAUCAAUAGUGCCAAAGUGGUGUUCAUCAAGAAAAGACCUCAAAACCGCCAAUUCAAAGGAUCAGGAAACUAUUGCACUUCAUGUGAUAGAAGCCUUCAAGAACCUUUUAUCCAUUGCUCUCUUGGAUGCAAGGUGGAUUUUGUGCUGAAUCACUACAAAGACCUUUCUCCCUUCUUAAGGACAUGCAACACCCUACAAUUAAGUCCUGAUUUUCUGAUUCCACAAGAAAUGGGGGAUGAAGAGAUGACAAGAUCAACAAUUGUGGAUUGUGAUGAAGCAAUGAGUUCAUAUUCUGGAUCAUCAUCAGGGUCAGAGAAUAUGAGCAUGGCAUGCACAGAAAUUGUUAGAAAAAGAAGAAGUGGAUGGACAACAAUGUGUGCAAAAUUCAUGGCCAAUAACAAUAAGGUUUCUGAUGAAGACAUGGCUACUAGUAUGAGUAGAAGAAAAGGAAUCCCUCAUAGAUCUCCUCUAUGUUAAUUAAUUACCUUAAUCAAUAAAAUUAAUUAAGCUAAGCAGCUACCAACAAAGAUGAAAAAAAUCAAGGGAUAAAAAAAUAGUUUAUUUGUACUACUUCAAUAUUUAAUUUUUUUUUUUUAAUUACUCCUAUGACAUGAUGUUUUGACUGAAGUGAAUUGUUCAAAGUUCUCUGUCUCUUUCUCUCGAACUUGGAAAAUUUUGUUUAAUUAAUCACUUGGUCGGGUUUUUGUCUUAAUGGCAUCACGUGAUUCC